AUGCCCGAGAGGGAGCUGUGGCCAGCAAGGCCUGGCUCGGAACCCGUGACCUGCAUCCGCAGCUGCGACAGCAUGAUGAGCGCCACCUCCACCCGCUCGGGAUCUAGUGACAGUAGCUACGACUUCCUGUCCGCGGAAGAGAAAGAGUGUCUGCUAUUCCUGGAGGAGACCAUUGGCUCAUUGGACACUGAGGCCGACAGCGCACUCUCCACGGAGGAGUCUGAGCCAGCCACAACGCCCCGAGGUUUCCGAACACUGCCUGUCAUACAGCCGGUUCCCCAGAGAAACUCAGAGAAGACAAUCAUUCAGCAAGGACCAGAGCCAAGGAAGGUGACUCAUUCCUCCUCAUUCCGUCCCCCUGAGCCUCACAGCUUGAGCUUCAAGUCUGGCUCCUACAGCCUCCCCAGAAAUAUCCACAUUGGCGGAAACCAGAACCUCAGGAAAAGCACCACCCAGACUAACAGCCACUUCCCUGGAGAAUCUGAGGGACUCAUAGCUAAACCUGAGAAAAAGCCAGCCAGCCAGAGCAGGGAGCCGGGCCAGGCACCAGCUAAUCCUCUGGGGACUGCCCUUGACCUGGACGUGGUACUCAUCCCCCCACCUGCGGCUUUCCAGGACGCCCAGCCAGAGCAGGGUAGGAAAGACAGCCUGCCCAAGGGGCCAGGAGAGCCAAGGCCCCAACUCCACCCACCAUUCAGCCCCCUGGAGAGAGUGGAGGGGGAUUCAGAGGCCAUGUCCCACCCAGCCAGUGGGAAAGGCUCCACCGGGGCCUCAGGAAAGCCACAGCCUCCUCCUGCUGAGUUGUCUUGGAAUGCCAGAGCUGAAGAUGCUUCCCUCCCACCAGGGGCCGAUCCAAAUCCCAGAAUGGCUCCCCUCACAGCCCCGAAACCCCGGAAGCUGCCACCCAACAUUGUUCUGAAGAGCAGCCGAAGCAGCUUCCACAGCGAUCCCCAGAACAGGCUGUCCCGACACCAUGAGGCUGGAGAAUCUGGCCUGGUGUCCUCUUCACUGCAGGACCAAAGGAAAGCACGCAGAGAAGCACUGGAGAAGCUGGGGCUACCCCAGGACCCAGAGGAGCCCAGCCUCCCUUUGAGUAGGCCCACCAGCUCCAUCAGACUCAAGGAGGCUCAGGGCCAGGGUCCUUCCCCAGCCCCAGCUCCAGCUCAGCCAUCGGCUCCAGCUCCCAUAGCUGCAAUUGUUCUUGCUGCAGAGAAGAUUCCAGCUCAGGGACCUUCCCCAAUGAAGCCUCCAGCAUCAGCUCUAGCUCAGGGGCCCUAUCCAGGCAAGACUUGGAUUCCCGCCCAGGAACCCUCUCUUGGGAAAGUUGCAGCUACCAAAUCUACACCAAUCCCUAUCCCUAAGGCCCCAAAGGCGAAUAGUGGCUUAACUCAGCCAAAGCCAGACUCAGGACUGACUCUCCAGGAGAGCAACAUCCCUGGCCUGAGACAGAUGAACUUCAAGUCCAACACUCUGGAGCGUUCGGGUGUGGGACUGAGCAGCUACCUCUCUGCUGAGAAAGACCCGAGUCCCAAAACCAGCACUUCCCUGGGAAAGGGUUCCUUCUUGGACAAGAUCUCACCCAGUGUCUUGCGUAAUUCUCGGCCCCGCCCUGCCUCCCUGGGCACUGGGAAGGACUUUGCAGGUAUCCAGGUGGGCAAGCUGGCUGACCUGGAUCAGGGCCAGAGCUCCAAGCGGCUGUCCUACCAAGGACAGAGCCGUGACAAGCUUCCUCGACCCCCUUGUGUCAGUGUCAAGAUUUCCCCAAAGGGCGUCUCUGAUGAACAUAGGAGGGAGGCCUUGAAGAAGCUGGGGCUGCUGAAGGAGUAG